AUGAAUAACCCUGGUGCUGCUGCCCCCGAUGCAGUGGAUCCCGAUGCUGCUCCAUUACCCAACCACAAUCCCAUCUUUCAUUUGACGGCCGAAGAAAAGCGUCAAGCAAUGGAUUUGAAGGAAGCAGUCGAAGCGGCCGAUCACAUUGAAAACUUGUCUGACUUUGACUAUGUGACCAUGACAUUGGGCUGCGACGGCGAUAUCCCUCGGGCGGUGGAUGCCACCUACAAACUCCAAUCUUUUCGCAAGCUCUACAAUAUUCAAGAAACACCCCAAGAUGGAGUGGCUGCACUCCGAGGAUUGAUGCUCUCUCAGCCCGAAACGAUUCUGGAAAUCUGCUAUCUACCCACAGAACACACAUACUGGUUCUUUGUGGAUUUUUCUAAAUUCAGACCGGCAUUAGUCCAAUCCUACGACGAUUGGAGACACUUCCAAGCCGGGGCCUAUUACAUUUAUCGAGCCAUGGCCAGCAAUCUGCAAUCCAUCAAAACUGGUGCCAUCACCAUGAUUGAAUGUGAUGGUGUCACCACCGAUAAUGUCAGUUUAGAGUUUGAAGAACGAAUUUUCAUUGAGCUGUUUAGUUACUAUCCCGUUCGAUACAAGGAAACGUUUUGUUUGCACAGUCCCAUGGCCUUUGUCGUAUUUCUAGGAGUUAUCAAGAGAUUCAUGAGCAAUCGAAUGCUGCGCUCCAUUCAGACAGCCGCUACGUUUAAUGGAUACGAUGGAAGAGUCGACCAGCUAUUCAAAAUGCCAACCGUGGAAAUUGCACAAGAACGAUUGCUAAGUCGCAUGGAAACAUAUCUCACUGAACGAUACCAAAAUGAACGAGAUUUCUCAUUGAAUGACUGA